AUGGUUCUGCCUGACGAACGCCUCCUCUGGGGAAGAUUUUCACUUACUCGGAAAGAAGAGAAAGCGGCGGAGUUCAGAGAGGGAAGUCUCAGAAUUAUCACUAACUGGGCUCUUUUCGCCACGCAAGCUGGCUUUUGGGAAGAUCCCGCAAUGGGCAAUAUCGACGAGGAAUAUGAUCGGCUCGUUGAACACCUUCACGACUGCACGAAGAAGGCUGAGAGUUUCAAAGCCACCAAGAGACUUCUGUUUCUUGAAAUUCUUGAGUUUAUACGCCAGCGUGGAGCUGCACGAGCUGCAGGCAACCAAGAACUCACGUCCGAGCUCGCAAGGCAUUGCAGAGAGGCGAUGAAGGAAGAUCUUAAAGAGAGAAGAGGGGAAGUGCUGGUUGAAGCUGCAGAGGCGGGAAAAACCCUACGCUAUGCUCGUCCAGUCUUCGCCAGUCGCAAGACGAGGAUGACUGCUCUCCGGAACCCGAAGGGAACAACCAUUGCAUCAAGAAGGGGAUGGAGAAGAUCAUCUGCGACUUCUAGUCUGAUCUCUUCGACAGCCAUGUCUAUUUGCCUCCUCACCAUCUGA